AUGCUCAAAGCAUACAAGAACCUGUCGCCCAAGACGCGGGCCGGCGUGGGCAUCGGCCUCAUAGUCUGGAGCGUCGUCGGCCUCCAUCUCUCCGACCGGGCCGAAGAAAAGUUUGGCUACACGCCAUCGCAAAAGGAUCAGGAGGAGCUGUGGAAGUGGGCCCCCAAGGUGACGGCUGUUGAUAAGCCAAAUGUUGGCAAGCAGCAAUAA